AUGAGUAAAAAUGAAAGCAAAAAUAAAAGUAAUGACUUAAGCUAAAAGUUGAUAAGUAGUUCUGAUAAUUCCGAAAUAAGUAUUAAAUCAGUUGAUCAACCAUAAAAUCAACAUGGAAUUUCUCUAUAAGGUAUUGGAAAAGAUGAUAGCAGUAAUUGCAGUUAGUAAAAAAAAAAUUAAAAUAAUUUAAUUGAAAUAGAGGAAUAGAAAAUAAACAUAUUUUAAGAAGGUUCUUCAGAGGUUCUCGAAUCACCUUCAAAAGCUGAUUAGCAAAGUAAUUAAAAAAGUGCUAAUAGCUCAAAGUUGAAAUCGAAUAAUAAUAUGCAAUAACCAAUUAGCUUUUACUUUAAUGAAACUCCUUAAUCUGAUUAAGUUAAUAAUAAUGAUAAAGAAAUAAAUGUUAAUGGAGCUGGGAAUGGAAGUAAAAUAAAUCAAAAUCAAAAAGAUGCUUCAUUAAUGGAGCUUAAUGAAGUCAAAUUGCAAAAUAGCAGAGUAAGUUAUCAAGAUUUAGAUGAGUUACAUGAAGAUUUGCUUGAUGAAAGAGAAAAUGAUAAUCAAGAAAACUCUGAUGGAUGCUGCUUUUGCAUGUUUAAAAAGAAAAAGUAGUAAACAGAAAAUUGGCUAAAGCACUUUAAAUUGCUUGUUAAAAAUACAAGGUUCAUUGAAAAUAGUUGGUCAGGUGGCCUUUUUGAUUUAAUUAAUAAAAGAUUUUAAGGCUAUAAAAAUGCUGAUACAGAGCAAUAAGAGCUAUUUUAAAAUGCAUAAAAUACAUUAGACGAUUCAAAAUUAAAGAGAUAGAGUUCAAAUUAGGCUUUCUCAUCUCAAAGAACUACUUUAGAUAAUAAUAAAACAAAUAGUAAAUUAUCUUAGUAGAAUAGCAAUUCUUUAGAUAUCAACAAAGCACAGUCAUAGGAAGAAAUGCAAAUAGCAAAAGAUAUUAAAAAAGCAAUAAAAAAUUCUGUUAUAUUGGAAGAGGAUAUUGAAAGCUUAAGGGAAAGUUUAAAAAACGAUUAGAUUUUAGCUCAACUAGAAAACUUUCAAGAUAGUCUAGAUCAAUCUUCAGGAAGUAAAAGCUAAGCAAAUAAUAAAAGCUCUUCAAAUAAAGAUUAAGAAGAUUUUAAAUCUAGCUUUAAUAAUAGGAUAGAUUUAGUUUCUAAAGAUGGGAUUGAAUAAAAAUCAGCUAAUAAUUCUAAAAUUGCGUCUAUUCAAAGAGAAGACCGCAUUAAUUCUAGAAUGGAAAUUAUUGGUAGAAGCAUAGAUAUAGUCACUCAGCAAAUCAGCUCUGAGUAAAAAUAAAAAUUGAAAAUAGAUAGUAAAUAUAAAAGUAGAAUACGCUCUAAUUCAUUAAAAAAAAAAAUGAUGCGAACCUAAAGCAGCUUUAUAAGAAAUGGAAGUGAAAUAACUACAAGAGGUUUAUCAUAAUAAGGAGUAAAUGAUUCUCGAUUUGAAGAUAACGACUAAAUAGACUAAGUAGGAGAUGAUGCUUUAGGUAUUGUUUCAAAUGUAAUAAAAACAAAUACCCUUUUAAUAAAUAGUGAAGUACUUCAAGAAAAAGACUUCGAACUCUAUUAAGCAGUUGUUUACUAUAAAUCAAUUACAUUUGUAAUAGAGCAGCACUUGAUGGAAGAAAAUAAUUUCACACAAGAAAAGCCACUGCGUGUUAUCCGUGAUAAUUUUAUUGAGUACUACAUCAGUUAGUAUGGAAAAAACCUUUAAAAGCUAGAAGAAAAUGAAAUUGUAAAAAGCAUAUAGGAUUUAAAAGAGUUUGUAACAUUGUACUUAGAAGUAAUUAGAGAGUAUUACAAAUUGGAUGAUUUAGUUGAUAAAUGCAAGUAUGCAGAUCGCUUUAUAACGACAGAUAAUUUAAUUAACUUUCUGUGCUCCAUAUUAUUUUAAAACGAUGCUGUAUAUUCUAUCAUUUAUGUGUCUCAUUGUCAUUUUGAGCCUAAAUUAUCUAAUCAGUAUUUCAAAAAUGCCAAGCAGCUAAACAAACAUAUCUAAUUAGAUGCUUUGAAGGUAAAAGAUGACUAUUGUCUCAAUGAAAAAACACUGAUAAAACUAUAGACUAAAAUGGGAAAACAAAAUUGUUCAAUAAAUGACACUAAUACAUUAAAAGGAUAUACUUUUGUACCUCCAUAUCAAAGAGCCUUUGAACAUUUGAAAACAAUAUCCUAUUAGAGAAGUCCAGUUCACAAAUUAAAAGUAAUAAUUAAAACUCAAGACCUGAUCAAUGAAUGUAUAAAAGACUUUUACGAAUAUUUUGGAAUCGAUUAAUCAGAUAUUUAUUAUGAUGCAGACAAUUUAGUUGGAAUAUUUUCUUACAUUUUAAUUAAAAGUGAAAUAUAUGAUAUAAUUGCUCACUGCAAGAUAAUUGAAAAUUUUGCUACUAAAAAUACAUUAAACAGUCAUUCCGGAUAUUUACUAAUAACCUUAUAAUGCUGUAUUCGUUUUAUCUCUUCAAUCGAUGUAAAUCUUCUAUUAUAAGAAAAUAGACUAGAAUUAAUCUAAAACUGA